AUGGUGCACACCAAGGUAGUUAUCAUUGGCUCCGGCCCCGCUGCACACACCGCCGCAAUCUAUCUCUCGCGUGCGGAGCUCAAGCCUGUCCUCUAUGAAGGCAUGCUCGCUAAUGGCACCGCUGCUGGUGGCCAGCUCACCACUACCACCGACAUUGAGAACUUCCCCGGCUUCCCUGAUGGUAUCGGUGGUGCGGAGCUCAUGGAGAAUAUGCGCAAGCAGUCCGUUCGGUUCGGAACUGAGGUGAUCACUGAGACUAUCUCGAGAGUGGAUUUCUCACAAAGGCCGUUCAAGCUGUGGACAGAGUGGAACGACGGUCCCGACAACGAGCCCGCUCACACUGCCGAUGCCGUCAUCAUCGCCACAGGUGCCAAUGCCCGCCGUCUCGAUUUGCCCGGUGAGCAGAAAUAUUGGCAAAACGGAAUCAGUGCCUGUGCCGUCUGUGAUGGUGCCGUGCCGAUCUUCCGCAACAAGCCCCUCUAUGUGAUCGGUGGUGGUGAUUCGGCUGCCGAAGAGGCCAUGUUCCUGGCGAAGUAUGGCAGCAGUGUCACUGUUCUAGUCCGUCGUGACAAGCUCCGUGCCAGCAAGGCCAUGGCCAGCCGUCUCCUGGCCCACCCGAAGGUGACCGUCCGCUUCAACACCGUUGCUGUCGAGGUUCUGGGUGAGGAAAAGCCAAUGGGCUUGAUGACCAACCUGAGAGUCAAGGACACCGUCACCGGCAAGGAAGAGACUGUUGAGGCUAACGGUCUUUUCUACGCUGUUGGUCACGACCCCGCCAACGGCUUGGUCAAGGGCCAGAUUGACCUCGAUGAGGACGGAUACAUCAUCACCAAGCCUGGCACCAGCCUCACGAGCCUGGAGGGUGUGUUUGCUUGCGGUGACGUCCAGGACAAGCGCUACCGCCAGGCCAUCACCAGUGCCGGUUCCGGCUGCAUUGCUGCUCUCGAGGCAGAGAAGUUCAUCUCCGAGUCCGAGUCCCCUGAGGAAGCUCCCGUCAACGAGACCAAGCAAGACACCCAGGGUACCGGCGCGGAGUACAAGUCCAACCCUCUCCUCUAAACGUCUCUUCGUUCCGCCAUACCUCAUCCAUAGAAUCUUCUUCAUCACCUUUGCUUCAAACAUAGAUCUGCCUACACCGGCUGACUAUAAUGUUUCAUGUCCUACGGAUAUAUCCCAUUUCCCCCUAUCUUGAUGGUUGCUUAUAUUAGACUUCAGCGUUUUGGUCAUUUUGCUCGGUUCGUGAUGGGAAGUUCAAUACACUUUCUGGUUCCUUCGAUGAUACUCAUGGCGCGCAUGUUUCAUGGGUCGCUGACUGAUAAAUUUCAAUACACAUAGAGUAGAAUUAUAGAGUAAUUCUCGAGGAUCAUUCAUUUGACUCUGGUUUCUGUGCUAGUACGGCAAUUGAUCGUUAAAAG